CUCGAGGAAUCCAGUGGUCGGGGAGUCGCCAUUUUGAGGGUGUCGGAGAAGCUGCAGGGAUACCGGCUCGUCUCCAGGAGUGAGAUUCGCUCAACUACUGAAGGAGCUGUAGUGCGAGGGUGAUGGAGGUAUACAUUGAGCCACCACAAGUGCCGCAGGAAGCCCUGGCAGCGGCAGCACAGCUCGAGUUAGGGGGAACGCCGCAGACCCUCACCAUUCGACGACCUUUCAAUCCUGUAGCCCACGAAUUGGACGCCAACUUCAGACUGACACGAUUCGCGGACCUGAAAGGAUGAGGGUGCAAGGUCCCCCAGGAGGUGCUAACACGCCUACUGGAGGGACUGCAAGAUGAUGGGACGGGGCACGAGCACGACCAUACCACACACUUCAUGCACAUGCCCAUCACACAUAUUGGAAUUGGAAUGGAUGCCAGUGUUACUCCCCUUCGUCAUGGUGGUCUGUCCCUCGUCCAGACAACUGACUUUUUCUAUCCUUUAGUUGAUGAUCCUUAUAUGAUGGGUAAAAUUUCCUGUGCUAAUGUGUUAAGUGACCUGUUUGCUAUGGGCGUGACAGACUGUGACAAUAUGCUUAUGUUACUAGGAGUCUCAACCAAGAUGACGGAAAAAGAAAGAGACGUUGUUAUUCCUCUUAUGAUGAGAGGCUUCAAGGAUGCUGCUUUAGAAGCAAACACUUCAGUAACAGGAGGUCAGACUGUGAUGAAUCCUUGGUGUACAAUUGGAGGUGUUGCUACUACUGUCUGUCAGCCCAACGAAUUUAUUGUGCCAGAUUGUGCUGUAGUUGGUGAUGUCUUGGUGCUAACCAAACCUCUUGGAACCCAAGUGGCUGUUAAUGCACAUCAAUGGUUGGACCAGCCAGAGAGGUGGAACCGCAUCAAGUUAGUGGUGUCUGAAGAAGAUGUCCGCAAAGCUUACCAGAGGGCUAUGGAUUCGAUGGCUCGCCUUAAUAGAACUGCUGCUAGGUUAAUGCACAAAUACAACGCUCAUGGUGCUACAGAUGUAACUGGGUUUGGUCUACUGGGUCAUGCACAGAACUUGGCUAAGAACCAGAAGAAUGAAGUCUCAUUUGUUAUCCACAAUCUCCCAAUUAUAGCAAAGAUGGCUGCUGUUGCUAAAGCAUGUGGUAACAUGUUCCAUCUGUUGCAGGGGCUGAGUGCUGAAACCUCGGGUGGUCUUUUGAUCUGCUUACCACGUGAACAGGCUGCUGCAUAUUGCAAAGACAUUGAAAAACAGGAAGGCUAUCAAGCAUGGAUUAUUGGUAUUGUAGAAAAAGGUAAUCGCACAGCUCGCAUUAUUGACAAACCACGGGUCAUUGAAGUGCCAUCAAAAGAGAAAGAUGGGGAGCUAUGGUAGAAGAGUGUCCAUAUGUUGCUGAGACAAAAGUCUUUUCACAUGUUGUAUUGGAUUGGCAGGGUUGACAGUUUCACCUGAAACAGUAAAGUUAUCCUGAAUUUAUACCCCAGGAUGGGCACAUUUCAUCUAGUUUGGUGAUACUAUACUGUUGUUAUUUUAUACCCAAGUAACUGAAGGCUAUGGACUUUUGUUAAUCUUUUGAUAUUUUGAAUUUGUAACAAUAUAAACUUUUAUUUUGCUUUAAGUAUACUGUUAUAAGCAAUAGACAAGACUGUUUAAUAUGCAUAGUAUAUAUCUACAAAUGAGGGCACACAACUUUUAAUGCUUGUUAAUAUAGCUCAUUUCCACUGCCAGCUCAUUUGUAUUCAUUUUGCAAGAUCUGCAUACUUAUCCUUGAAGAUCUGUACUCUUCCACAUAUUUAGUAAUGGACAUUGUUGUCCAUAUGAUGAUUGGUUAUUUAAUGUUCUUAAUGACAUUCCUUAUCAUACUAAGAGCUCAGUUAUGGCUGUUUUAUACCAGAUGAUCAGCUGCUCAGUGAUUAUUACUUUGCUCAAGAAAAAAAAAAACUUUCAGGUACAUAUUUAAGACGAGAUUAAAACAUUCACAUGCACGUCACUUUGUAAUGUGCUGUUAAAUUUGAUCAAAAGUAAGACACUGGAUGGCUUCAGCAGAAGGAGAACAAAUUAUGAAGGUCACUUAUAAAAAUUUCAUUGAAAUGGUUAGUGACUGGAAGCUUCAGAUCUCCUUCCUGCCCCAUCGAUCACAUGUCAGCCUUGGGAAAAUACAUUUUUUCAAGUA